AUGAUACCAUUGGCAUCCACUUCCACACACACCACACAUACCAUUCCCAUCACCGAUGAUAGGCUGAAGUUGUAUUGGAAUGGAUUGACAUAUAAAACGAGUGAUAAUAAGAAACUCAUCUCAAGAAACAAAACUAAUGUCAAGACUAUUAUCAAUGACUUGAACGGAGAGAUAACGAGCGGAGAGUUGACCGGAAUAUUAGGGCCGAGCGGGUCCGGCAAGACUACACUCAUUGAAUGCCUGGCCGGUAGACGAGUGGCCGGACUCAGUGGCCGGGUAUGGGUUAAGUCAUCCAACGAUAACCCUCAAAUACGCUUCUCAUCUCAAGAAAAGCGUACAAAGGGUUACGACUUUUUCGAUGUCAACCACGAGAACUACCGGUCUCAUAAUAAUAAUACCUGUGCUCACACUUACGCUAAUAGUGAGCAAAGGGAGCCGUUAGCUUCUGGCAAAAACUAUCAAUCACAUGACCUAACCGUACAUAAUAUGCUUGAGGUGUUUGGACUGUUAGGUUGUGCUCGUGUUAAGACCAGUUCCAUUAGUGGGGGUCAGAAAAAACGGCUAUCCAUUGCAUUGGAGUUGAUAUUCUCACCGAAUAUACUACUACUGGACGAACCGACCACUGGCUUAGACUCGACCUCCAGUUUCCAGUGUCUGUCCCUUUUGAAGACAUUGUCGUAUAAUAAGGAACCGUUGGUUAUAGCGGUAUCCAUACAUCAGCCCACUGCCCGACUACUGGCGCUUUUUAACUUUAUUUAUGUAUUAUCAAUGGACGGCCGGUGCAUAUAUAGUGGACCCACCGAUCGGCUUAUCACACACUUAUCGGGGUUUGGCUACAAUUGUCCGCUAAUGAUGUACUCGGACGUCAAAGUGGGACAGUUGGGUGGGGGUGAGUGCGCGGACAGGGAGUCAGUGUUGGCCCGUUUGAGUGAAUUUGGCAACAGAGAGGGCACUGAGAGGUUCCGGGCUUUGCAACAAAAUUCCUCAUAUAUUUUGAGCAAUAUUUUGUUCAUUCAUGCCGUCAAUAUCGGGCCCACACUCAUGACAUUCACCGUCGAGUUGAACAUAUUUGUCAAGGAGCAUUUCAACAAAUGGUAUACGUGUUGGUCAUACUUCACGGCCCGUUCCCUCGUAGACAUACCAAUCGUAUUGAUAUUAACCAUAAUGUUCUCCACAAUCAUGUGGUGGAUAACCGGUCAGAAAAAACGGCUGUCCAUAGCAUUGGAGUUGAUAUUCUCGCCGAAUAUACUACUACUGGACGAACCGACCACUGGUUUAGACUCGGCCUCCAGUUUCCAGUGUCUGUCCCUUUUGAAGACAUUGUCGUAUAAUAAGGAACCGUUGGUUAUAGCGAUGUCUAUACACCAACCAACUGCCCGACUACUGGCCUUUUUUGACAGUAUUUACGUGCUAUCAAUGGACGGCCGGUGCAUAUAUAGUGGACCCACUGAUCGAUUAAUCACUCAUUUGUCAGACUUUGGUUUUAAUUGUCCGGUAUUUCACAAUCCGGCAGAUUUUUUAAUGGAAAUAUCCAGUGGCGCACAUGAGCCUGAUGCUAUCGAUAGAUUAGCCAUAUAUGAGAGUCAAAGCCAUACAUUAGAGUCAAUAAAACUAUCAAAACCUGAUACUAUUAUCGACGUUGGGAAAGGGAUCAAAAAUAAGCCUACAACUAAAUCCCACCGAACAGUCAAAGACCAGCUCCGGGACGUAUGGAUACUACUGAAACGGGCGCACCUGGUGUUCAUACGGAACCCCUUCAUGAUAUGGUUGCGGGGAGAGUUAGAUACAGGGUGUUUGAACUCGGAGUCAGUAAUGGUUAAGAUUAUGUCAAUAGUGGAUAAUAAGAGUACAACAAAUGAAACUUUUAACAAUUUAAGCGAUGUAGGCUAUAUUAUUAGUACAAUGCUGUUCAUACACUUUACUGCUAUCGUGCCCACACUCAUGACGUUCCCCAUCGAGUUGAACACAUUUGUCAAGGUGUGGGACGGGUGGCGAUUCAGUGUACACCAAUUAGUCAUGAUGCUCUUGGCACUGGUCUCUCACAGCCUCGGACUACUACUGUCGGCAAUAUUCAUGAAUGACAUCCGGGCCAGUAUACUGUCCUUAACGACAAUCGUAACGGCACUCCUGUUAUUCAGUGGUUCACUCAUACCCGUCCGGAUAUUGCCAUCAUAUUUGCAAACAUUAUCCUAUUUGUCUAUUUUCAGACUAACAUACGAAUCAAUGUUAAUAAUACUGUAUGGCUUUAACCGUUGUCCCACUCUUAAUGACCCCCUAACCAUGGAUUCACUGACCCAUGAGUUUGGGGUCAAUAUGUAUCACAUGGAGGAGUGUCUGAAAGGGGCGGACAGUCUGGCGAAUGUGACCCGUAAUAGCCUGUCCGGCAUCAACCGACUGGUGGCCAAACAGAACCCCUCGCGGAUAUUGGAGUGGUUCGACCUACAGGACAGGGAUCUCUACGUUUAUAUCAGUCUAUUUCUCGCAUAUACGGUCACUCUUAGAUGGUUGGCCUACUAUGCGCUCAAAUGGAGGGCUAGAAUUGAAUAA